AGCUCCCAGUACAUCACCCCUCUCUCUCUCCCUCUCUCUCUUUCGCGCGCCUCGCUGCCGCCAGCUGCAACAGCGCGAGCUGCAAAAGUUCUUCGCGGACAGUCUUUCACUCUCUCUCAUCUGCUCUUUACCCCCCCUCCACUACCACCACCGCCACCCCUCCGCCUCUUUCCUUCUUCUCUCAGUAACUAAGAUGACUGCCAUGACAAUUCAUUGAGAGGAGAGGACGCCAAGAGAAGCAUCCCCUGCUCGCCAAAGAGGAGUAAAGGAGUGAUCAAGCUAAAGAGAGGAGAAGAAGAAAAAGAGGGAAGAAAGAAGGGAUAAAAGAGAAGAGGGAGAGGCUGCAGGAGCGAGGGAAGGGGAAGGGGAGAGAAAUCGAAGGAUAAACGGUGGAUGGAGGCGGCUCGGACCGGGGCUACGAGGCGCUCUUCACUGACGAAGAAGAAGAAGAAGAACAGCAGCAGCAGGGGGGAGAGAGGAUGGAGGCUAAACCCAGAAACAUGCCCCCAGAUAUCAGUUUCCUUCCCCGGCCGGCAAUGUGGUGGUGUGAGCGCGGCAUCCAGGUGCUGCUGACCACCAUGGGAGCGUUCGCGGCCUUCGCCCUGAUGACAGUGGCCAUCGGUACAGAUUACUGGCUGUACGCCCGCGCACUCAUCUGCAACAGCACGGCCAAUUCAUCCCAGGAGGAAUCCAACAAGGACAAGAAGGAUCCUGGGGCUCUCACCCACUCUGGCCUCUGGAGGAUCUGCUGCCUGGAAGGCUUGAAGCGAGGUGUGUGUUCCCAGAUCAACCAUUUCCCUGACGACGCAGACUACGACCAAGAUGCUGCCGAGUAUCUGCUGCGUGUAGUUCGAGCCUCCAGCAUCUUCCCCAUCCUCAGUGCCAUCCUGCUCCUGCUGGGAGGGGUAUGUGUCGCCUCCAGCGGCUUCUACAAGAGCAAAAGAAACAUCAUCCUCGGUGGAGGGAUUCUCUUUGUAGCUGCAGGCCUCAGCAACAUCAUCGGAGUGAUCGUUUACAUCUCUGCAGCUCUCAGCGACAUCUCCCCAAAGAAAGACGAGGACAAGAAGUGGCACUACUCUUACGGCUGGUCCUUUUACUUUGGCGGUUUGUCUUUCAUCCUGGCUGAGAUGGUGGGAGUCCUCGCCGUCAACAUCUACAUCGAGAAGAACAAAGAGCUGCGCUGUCGCUCUCGCACUGACCUCUUCAAGAGCACAACACACGCCAUGCUGCGCCUGCCCAGCUACCGAUUCAGAAGGCGCUCUCGCUCCAGCUCACGCUCCACCGACCCGCCGCAUUCACAGGAGACUUCACCCAUCGGUGCCUCCAAAACCUUCAGCUUGCCACCCUCGGCCCCUCCCUUCUCUGUGGCCACCCUGCCCAACCCGCACCACACCAGUAGCGGUGGGAGCGGAGGAGGCGGAGACAUCUCCAUGUACACCCUGUCGAGGGACUCUAAGCUGGGCAGCCUCGGAGGAGGUGCCCCGCCUCUCUACGGCACGGUUGACCGCGCCACGCUGUACCAGCUCCACAAUUACUUCCCAAAAGAUUCAACCGGCAGCGGAGGGAGUGGAAGUGGAGGGGGAGGAGCGGUGGUCAGCAGCGGUACACUCCCAUCUCACUCCAAGUCCAACCUGGCAGCAGCAGCGGCUGCAGCCCAGAAUGCAGCACCGCUGAAUACCUCCACAACUGCCGUAGCACCAGCCACCCCAGCUCCGGUAUCCACAGCCACCAUGGAGAGGGACAGGGGCAACGUUGGAACCCUGGACCGACUGACAGCCAAAAGGGACAGGGAUAGCAACUCAGACACACUGAACAGAAAAACGACACCAGUUUAAAACCUCAGAGAGGAAGGAGGGAGUGUUGAAGAGUCAGAGAAGGUGGAGAUGUUAGAGAUAUUUGAGGCGGAAGAGAGGAAAAGUAGGGCUGAAAAUGUGUGGGUGACAUUUCGACAGUAAUGUUUCUGUCCUUGAGCCUGAGGUAUCCAACUACCAUGAUAAUAAUUCAGCUAAAAUUACACGUUGGCCAUUUCUCUCUUAAGUUAAGCUCAGCUUGGGAAGCUCAAAUACAGACUGCUGCUUUUCAGGUUUACCAGUCAUGUAAACUGAGGGAAUCUGGCAAACAUGAAAGUUAAAUAGUAAAGACUGGAAGGGGGUUCAAACAUUUACUGUGAAACCAUCCUUAAUUCCAUUAGGUACCAAAAAAGUAAGACACAACAGCAUUAAACCACCUCCUAGGUUAAAUGUCUGACAGGUAGCUAACAUAACUGUUACCUUGCUUAUGUAACUGUUAGCUAAGAAGUUUAAGUAACAACUGAUUUACUGGUUAAUUGCAUUUUGGACACAACAAAAUAGUAAGUUUUGGCAGCAAGUGGUUAAAUGCUAACAUCUAGUCAACAUCUAGCUCAUAAGUUAUCAACCCUCUGAGACUGGCGUUGUUCUAUAUGGCAAUAAGAGACAUAGAGUAUCUGAAGUUAAAUAACUUUUGAACCAUAAAUGGUAGCCACUUACUUUAUUUACCUCCUGUGCUAUUCUAAUAACGCUAUCCAUGCCUUUACAGACCUUACAGAGGCUUUUCUAGCAAGCCUUGAACUUAGCUGAUUUUCAGGGGUCUUUAAAGAUUAAGUCGACACCAGUAACUUAAUAUUUAGUGUCUUUCAAUCCAUUUUUUAAUCAUUUUUGAUUUGUUUUUUGCAACUAGCUUAGCAUUAGCCAUCAUAUUGUUUUCCCACAAAGGAUUGGCUGUGACAACCAAUGGCAGGCUGUUCCCUCCUUGCGUCAUGUUUUAUCAAACAGCACGUCGCUACUCUUAGAUACUGGAGGAGACAGCCUGAAUAGCUCUUAAUAGAGAGAAAGAGACACAGAGAGCCUGUGAUGUGUCCCCCUGUGUCUCUGCAUACAGGAACUGCUUUGAAUAAUGGCUCAUAAUCAGCCAGUUUAAAAAAGGGCAAGGACUUUUUUUGUAAAUAUGUGAAAUUUGAAGUCUGUUUUUCACAGAAUGAUUAUUUUGUCACUUUUUGGUCUCCAAGAAAUAAGAGAGAAGUUUGUGCAAAACAAACUAUUUUUUGUCUUUAUAGUCCCCUAACUUUUAAAAACUUUUUAAACCCACACAUAUUCUUAAAGCCCAGGUUAUACUGAAAAAAAGUUGUUUAGAGGUUGACUGUGGAUGACAGUGUUGAUGUUUCACAAGCUUUUUAAGACAAUAAGCCCAAGCAAGACAAAAUGGUUAAAAUAUAUUUUAUGGCUUAGAGUGUUCCAUCCAUCCAUUUUCUAAACUGCCUAUCCCAUUUGGGGUUGCAGGGGGGCUGGAGCCUAUCCCAGCUGUAAUUAGGCGAGAACUCAGAGGGUUCUACAUGUUUUAUAUUGUUUUUAGCAUACAACUAUUUUACAUUUGCCUCCCGCUGUGUCAUGCCCUAUACAUGACAUGUAUUACUGGGGUGCACCACUAGAGGGCACACAAGAGAGCUCAGACUUUAUACAGAUAUCUUCUGUGUGGGAUGUAAACUACAAACAUGGAAACACUCAAGGAGAUUAUAACUGUCUCUAGCUGGUCAGUAAACACUGUCUGCAUUUUGUUCCUACAAAGUUUUCCUCUGCACACUGAUGUUACACCUCUGGUGCAAUAGUUUACUUAGUGACUGUGUUAACUGGUGACUUUAAGCCGACUGUGUUCAUAGAUGUAGUCAUUACAAAAGACAGAAAGUGUCCUCAAAAAUGACCCUCUGUUUACUUUUUGUUUUUACUGUAUUUCAAAACAUCUUAAUCAGAUAUGUCAUUAAUGAAAAACUCAACUAAAACAAAUAAGGAAUAACACACUUGACUGGAAGUCACUUCUUUGUAUGGCCUCUUUUUAAACAGCAACACCAUUCUUAAUUUUUUUUUUUAUUUUCUUAUAUCUAAAUGUCAGCUUCUAAAAAAGAAUUAAUCUGUCCCAGUUGAGACAGAUCCAAGUCUUGACUAUCCAAGUCAUCAGAUUGGAAAUUGCUGAAACUAUUUUUGAAUUUCAACGCCAGAACAAAAUAGUCCAACAUCACUGCAGAAUUUGAGCUUCCUGCUAAAAAUGACCACCGCGUGAAAAUGCUAAAUACCACAAACAAACAUGAAGCCUUUAAUAUUGUGCAUUUACUCAUGACAACUGCCUUAAAAUGAUCAUGCUUCUUGGAUGUGAUUUGUAUGGCAGUGGUGCAGUGGAAGCUUUAGCACAAGGGUAUGUGUUAUUUUGGCACCAACAGUCUCUCUGUGCUGCAGCUGGAGUUAAGUGCCUUGCUGAGGAGGCAGGAGAGCUCUGUAUCUUUUCCCAUUACUACAUUUUGUCUGCUGCUUUGGGGAUUUAAACUGUUUGCUUUGAUAAGCAGAUCACACAAAGCUUUGUAUGAUCCAUUUAAUAUUUGAGCUAUAGUAUUGGAACAUGUGACUGGCAGGUGUGUUUUGUUGCUCAGGUGUGUCCUAUUGUGUAGAUUAUUCGUUAAAUAGCGCUGAAUGUCUAUGCUCAUUGUCAAAUUUGGGUUUUGUCUGUGCAGGCUAUAUUUACAGUUAGAAGUGUAACCAACAUGAAAACCAGAGAGCUGUGUAUGGAUGAAUAACACAAGAGAGAAGACCACUAUACACUUACGGCCAGGCUACAACCAGUAGGAAUGUCCUGAAGACGAAGGCAGUAGAAAAAUCAAAUAUUAAAAAAACAGUUUUAAAUGCAAAAUAGUGGCAUUGUAAAUGCAAUUUAAAAAGGAUUAGAUUCAUCAUGAUUAACUACAGAAAUUUUGCAAUUAAUCGCAAGCUUUUACUAGCAUCUCUGUAGGCCAUUUCGACUUGAAUUUUUGAUGUCUUUUGACUUUCCUACCAUCAAAUAGAUCCUCCGUGGUAUUCUAAACUGUACAGCACUUUAUUAAAACAUCAUUUAUAAUCAAAUAAAAAGUGGCCAGAUGGUUGAAGUCAAAUUUCUCUGUUCUUUUUAAAAUAGAGUUGGAACAGAGCGCCACGGAUGGGUACAUUGAUCCAAGUGACAAACUGCUCAAUGAUGAGCUGACUGCCAGUUCCAGGUCAGCAGUAGCUACUUAACCUCUAGUCCCAUGAGAUUGACCUCAGCCGUAUCUAACUGACUGACACAGACACACCAGGAAGAGGCUGACACACUGUGAGCCUAUUUAUUUUUCAUUGUGUGUCAAAGGUAGUUACAGUGACAGAUGGGCGUCCUCAGCACUCCCAGUGAAAGGCACAGCCAUAGACUUUAAGCUUCACCCAGUACGCCUCCAUUACACCACUGCCAGCUGUCACAGUUUGGUUAAACUACAACAAAUGUCCAUCUGAAACAAGUUACUGAAUCUGACAGUGGAUUUUUACAGUCUUUGUUCAAAUGUGUGAAAUGAUUGCUGAAGUGUGACCAAAGGGAUGUAGAUUUCUCCUCUUGCUUUGAGAUAAUUUUACUUUCUAGAUAAGAAAUACAGUAGGGUUUUUGAAACCCAGCAUUUCAGCAGGCAGAUGGACUGGAUGUAAGUCAACUAUUUAGCAUUAAAGUUUUUUAACAGAAACUCACAGUACAGAAGAAUUCUGGCACUGGAAAGUACCUGCAAGUUAAGACUUGAUGCAAACUUUGCAGACUCGAGCUUAUGCCACACUUCUAAAGAGCACAUUUCCACCGUUAGAGGCCAUGAGAUGGGAUGGCAUAACCAUCCAACAGAUGCAGUUUAUACAGUCAAGCUUGCUGCACAUACUCAUGGAAUUUUAAUCAGAAUUUUUAACAACUUCUGUUGUUAUUUCUUUUUAUCUUGUAGCUACAAGAUGCAAAUUCUGGACAUAUUGCUCUCUCACCAAAAUAUGGCUAAAAAAAGAUGGCCAAAAUUCAUGAUUCAUGGGCAAAAAGAAGAAUUGGCAAGAAUGGAGUUACAGGUGGCAAAAAUUGGUAAAAAGCACAAAAAUGGCAAAGCGGGCAAAAAUGUCAUAGAGGGAAAAACAUGAAAAAAGGCAGAAAGAAUUGGCAAAUUGGGGGAUUAAGAGCAGAAAUGGGCAGAAUUUGAAGAAAACAUUACAAAAAUUGAUUAACAAACGGGGGCAAAGCUGCAGAAAGAAUAGACAACAAUGGUCAAUAAAGGUAAAAGUGGGCAAAAAGUAGCAGAAAUUGGAAAGAAGGGCAAAAAUAGCUAAAAAUGGACA